AUGGCCCGGUCCGUUUCUCUGUCAGACGCCUCCAACACUGUUGCAGUCCACUUCCAGGCGGACUGUCCCAGGAAUCUUGACGAGGCGACUGCGUUGUUUUCGAGGUUUGGUGACAUUGCUCGCCUUGACACCACCUUGGGUGCCGUCACCGGAUUGGUGUUCGUGACGUUCUUCGACGUGAGGGUUGCACAGAAGGUCCUCCAGCACUUCGGUGCUUUGGCAGAGCCUUUUCAGCCAGCUGCGUACGACUUUCGGGCCGUGAGCAUUGCUCCGCAUGUUGUUGCGGAUCUGCCUGACCAGUUUGGUCAACUUCACAGCUUUGGCGAGAUUGCUGGUGUUUCGCUAUGCGGAGAGGAGAUCGUCGUCGAGUUCUACGACAUGCGCGCAGCUCAACAGGUCACCUUCUUUGUUCCGGCCAGCAGGCCACGUCGACAGGUGAGCCAGAAUGCCGGGCAGAGCCAGGGACAAGCACAGGGACAAACCAGCCAGAUCCCUGUGCCACGGAGUCCGCUUUCAACUGACUGGGUGCAGGAGACUUUGAGUGCCUCGAAGGCCUUUUCCUUGCAGGGGGCCGUCCCCGCAUCAGUUCCACUGACCGGCAAGGAAAGCGAGCCUCCGACCAGCCCGCCUGCAAAGGGCGGACCCAAAUGGCAAGGCCCUGGCAAGCCUGUGCGUGAGAAGGUGAAAAUGGAGGAUCUUUUGAAGUUUGACAUCAUCCCUGAGAAGAUCCAAUCCGGCGAGGACACGCGAACAACAGUGAUGGUGAGGAACAUUCCAAAGGCAUGCAGCCGAGAGGCGUUCGUGGAGCUGCUGAGUCCUUGUGGCCUGUCAGACAGGUACACCUUCUUCUACAUGCCCUUCGACAAGCGCCGCAACAUGCACUGUGGCUUUGCAUUCAUCAAUUUCAGGACUCCCAGUGACGUGCUCGUCCUCUGCCAGCGUAUGACGCCAUCUUUCUGGAGAGCUUAUCUGAAGCGGGGCCAUGUGACAGCCUCGACACUUCCCGCAGUGAGCUAUGCCCGUUUGCAAGGGCAGGAGCAGUUGACGAAGCACUUCAGUCUGUCGGCCGUGAUGCGUGACAGCGAUGCGCGCAAGCGCCCGGUUUUCUGCCAGAAGAACAACAACGUCCAUUGCGAGGAGGCUGAGCUUGGUCACAUCACGGACAUUGCUGACCUUCAGCCGUGUUACGUAUCGACCAGCGGUGUUGAGGACAUGGACUUCUCGGAAAAGGACCUUCUCAGCUUUGACCUUAUCGGCGGCCCUGAGAGCAUUGCUUUCCUCUUGGGCGGAGGGCAAGGUGCCUAG